AAGAGUGAAGAGAUUGGGGAAGAAGCCCAUUAAGUCCGUGUAGACUUCCAUUCCUUCACGACCUUCUUAGAUUUCAAAAAAUAAACAAUCAGAUUUUCAAGUUUUCUAUAUUUUUUUUACUUCAAAUUUACUCGCAAAGAUCCGCUUGAGACAAUUUCGGAGCCAAGUUUGGAAAAAGAUUUGAAGAUAAAUGUGAGUUGUAAUUUGUGGAUGAAAAAAAUUUGAUGGGCAUUCGGUGAGAAAGAUUUCACAAGAUUUGACGGGCUUGUACAAUUGGGACUGGGUUGAAACUUGUGGGGGAGCAAGAUAUGAUGGGCUUGCUUUGUGGGUGAUACAAAUUUGACGGAAUUUGGGUGUCUUCUGCUUUGAUUUUUGGUAUUGUACAUUGAAAGUUUCUUCAGGUCACUGGGGAGGAUGAUGGAUCAGGAUGACCAUGUGGAAGGCGGGUCAGAUGGAGGAGAGUCUGAUUAUGUUAAUGUAAAAGUAGAGACAGAUUGUGAUUGUAGUGGUGGAUCCCUAACCUCUUUGCCUAUACCAUUGUCAGGAUGGCCACAGACGUUUGCAAGGUCAAUGGACAUCUAUGCAAGCUCGCCAUCGUUGCAUGGGAUGGGGCCUUUGGGAAGCUCUGGUUUAGAACAGGACACUUUGCUCUGUUCUUCAAAUCACCAAAACCAGGAGGAAGCUGAGGCUGUUUCGCCAUUGGACGAUUCAAAUGUGUAUUUAAAGGAGCCUCUUUUGAGUCAAAGUCGGACAAAUUUAGAGGAAUGUUGUGAGAAAGAGAAAGAGUAUUGGGGGAGUGGUGCUUCUCUGACUAUUCAGAAUUCAGGGCAUGGAAACUCUGAGGGCAGUUCUUUCAUCCGGGCUUCUGUCAAUGGCAUGAAUGUUCUUGCAGGUGUUGGGAUUCUGUCUACACCAUAUGCACUUUUCAAUGGAGGCUGGAUGGGAAUUAGCAUUCUUUUUCUUUUUGCCUUGAUUUGUUGCUACACUGGAAUUCUUCUUAAGCGUUGCAUGGAUGUGAAUACACAAAUUCAAAGCUAUCCAGACAUAGGACACACAGCUUUCGGGCAGACUGGAAGAAUCGUUGUAUCCAUAGUGCUGUAUUUGGAACUUUAUUCUGUGGCUGUGGAGUUUCUGAUACUAGAGGGGGAUAAUUUGGCUCAGCUUUUCCCCAAAAUGGCUAUGAAUAUAGCAGGAAAAAGCUUAAAUGCACAUCAGUCAUUUGUUCUCUUUGCAGCUCUGGUUAUUUUACCUACAAUAUGGUUACGCGAUCUGAGUCUGCUAUCAUAUAUCUCAGCAGGUGGUGUUGUUGCAUCUGUUGUUGUAGUUCUAUCAGUAGCUUGGGUUGGUGCGUUCGAUGGGGUUGGAUUUCACUAUAGUGGCAGUUUGUGGAAUCCCAGCGGAUUGCCUACUGUUAUUGGUUUAUAUGCUUUCUGUUAUUGUGGCCAUGCUGUGUUUCCCAACAUCUACUCCUCAAUGAAAGACCGUCGACAGUUUUCUUCAGUGCUGAUAUUGUGCUUUAUAGUUUGCACAUUUAUAUAUGCGAGCAUUGCAGUGCUGGGAUAUCUAAUGUUUGGCAAUGAGUUGUUAUCACAAGUAACAUUGAACCUCCCAAGAGAAAAAUUGGCCUCAAAAGUAGCAAUCUGUACAACAUUGAUUAAUCCAUUUGCUAAAUAUGCAUUAACUCUUACUCCAUUGUCUUUGGCCUUGGAAGAGUUAUUACCUCCAUCAAAUACCUCAUCAAAAACAACACUUUUACUAUGGAGCUCAUGUAUCAGAACCUUACUACUGGCUAGUACAGUUGUUGUAGCACUUGUAGUACCACUUUUCGGUUACCUAAUGGCAUUGAUUGGCUCUUCAUUGAGCUGUUUAGUUUCUUUUAUUCUUCCAUGCUUAUGCUACUUGAAAAUUUUUGGGGCACGCAUUUCUAGGUCUGAGAUGAUACUUAUUUAUAUCAUCCUGGUUGUGGGCAUCACAACAGCUGUUGUAGGAACCUACUCUUCAGUGAAAAAUAUUGCAGAUAAUAUAUAAUCAUCUUACAACUCUUUCUAUAGUGUUGAGGCACUAACUUUGAUCUUAUUCAAUGAGAAUAUGAGGUUUUGGCCGUGAUAUGGAUUCAAG